AUGAUUCAAAAAACAAUACGUGAAGAGUUUAGCGACGCAACUCUACUAUGUAUUGCACAUCGUUUAAGAACCGUUGUAGAUUAUGACAAAAUUUUAGUGUUAGAUGCUGGAAGAAUCGUGGAGUUUGAUCAUCCAUAUAUUCUCCUCCAAAAGCCAGACUCAAUGUUUCGUGGAAUGUGUGAUCGAAGUGGUGAUUUGGAAGAAUUGGUCAACAUUGCUAAGGCAAAAUAUGACAAUGAUUAUGGCAAUAAUUGUGGCA